GCAGACUCAAACUCCUCGGCGUAACUCGUGACGAGCACUGCCCCAUUGGCUGGCGGGCUACGAGGGUGUUGCGAUAACUUCGCGCGCCCCGAACGAGCUCGGCCGCAAACGCCGAUCCUCCCUCCUCCCGCGCGGGUUGGUGUCCAGCAACGCCCCGUGUCGCUGCUGCAGUGAACACGCACACAGAGAGAGAGGCCACAGCACACUCUAACCAAGGCAGUGAACACGCACACAGAGAGAGAGGCCACAGCACACUCUAACCAGGCAGUGAACACUCACACACAGAGAGAGGGGCCACAGCACACUCUAGGCCAGGCAGUGAACACUCACACACAGACAGAGGAGGCACACUCUAGCCAGGCAGUACAUGCUCACACACACACAUAUAGCGCGAAUUCCAUACAAGCCUCCAUCAUCAUCCCCAUCACGGCAACCGCGCAAGCGCACGCGUACGCAGCAGACGCAACGCCUUACACGUUCGCGUGUACAGAAAAGAAAAAGGCUCACUUGUAGCGGCGAGGAUUCACGCGGACAGAGACGUGCCCAGCAGCGACAGCCGACACGGUCGCCUUGCGCAGGCGUGCGACUUGACGGCGACUGUCGAUGGCUACCUUCGCGAGCAGAGAUGUCGACGGCUUGGUGGACAUGGGCUCGGAUCCAUCGAGUCCGGAGCGCGACAGGGAGAGCCCUGACACCAAGCCGCCCCUGGGGAUCAACUGCGUUACAGGCGGCGGCGGCGGAGGAGGAGGCGGCGGUGUCGAUGCAGACGGCGGCAAGACGGACCCCUCGCAGAAGCCGCCCUACUCGUACGUUGCGCUCAUAGCCAUGGCGAUCCGCGAGAGCUCGGACAAGCGGCUGACUCUCAGCGGCAUCUACCAGUACAUCAUCUCGAAGUUCCCCUUCUACGAGAAGAACAAGAAGGGCUGGCAGAACUCCAUCCGCCACAACCUCAGCCUCAACGAGUGCUUCGUGAAGGUGCCUCGCGAGGGCGGCGGCGAGAGGAAGGGCAACUACUGGACGCUUGACCCCGCGUGCGAGGACAUGUUCGAAAAGGGCAACUAUCGUCGACGGAGGCGCAUGAAGAGGCCCUUCCGACCUCCGCCGAGCCCAUACUCGGCGGGGCAAUUCUUCAACAACGAUGGCCCCUACGCGGGUUACCUGUCGGCCGGGCCGGGCAAGUACCUGCAGCCCACCUUCAACUCGGCGUGGUCACUGCCGUCUCAGACCCCGGCUCACAUGGCCGCUGCUGCCGCGGCCGCCGCGGCCGCUGCCAGCUACCCAUCUCCCUGCCAGAACGGGGGCGUCAAUCACCAUCAGCUGAGCGCCCACCACCACCCGCACCACCACGCGCACCACCACCCGCACCACCACCCGCACCACCACCCGCACCAUCACGCGCACCAUCAGCUGACGGCGCACCAUCAUCACCAGCAGCAGCAGCAGCAACAGCAGCAGCAGCAGCAACAGCAGCAGCAGCAACAGCAGCAGCAGCAGCAACACCACCAUCAUCACCACUCGUCGGCGGGAACCGGAGCGAUCAGUGGCAUAGGUGGUGGUGGUGGAGGAGGAGGUGGUGGUAGUGGUGGCGGUGGUGGCAUUGGCACGGGGCUCGGAGGAGGAGGCAGUAUCGGAGGUGGCGGUGCUGGCGGCGGUGGUGUGGUGACCUCGGGUGGUCCCGUAGUAGGUGGUGGCGGCGGAUCGUCGGUACCAGGAGCCGGCGGGCAUCACCUCUCCGGGCACGCGGCCGCCGCUGCCGCCGCCGCCGCUGCAGCUGCCGCAGCGGCCGCGAGCUACAGCCCCUACCCUCGUGUGCCGGCCGUGUCUCUGUCGGGCGGGGUGCUCAACUCGUACGGCCACGGCGCUCAUCCGCACUCGCACCAGCAGCUGAGUCCCGGCGGGGGUGGCACCGGCGGAACGACCAACGGGCUGCAGUUCGCCUGCUCGCGGCAGACCGACCACCUGUCCAGCAUGAUGCACUGCUCCAGCUACUGGGACCCGGACAAACAACACGGUGGACUUCACAGCCGUCUCGAUAUAUGACUAUCUCGAGAUCACAGUACGAAGGGGGGGGAAGGGGGUUUCCUUAUAAUUAUUAUUAUAAUUGAUGUUGUUGAUGAGUAAUAAGUCAUGUCCUCAUCUGUAGGUGCCUGACAGGGUUGACGGUAGGGGAAGGAUGGAUAGGGAGAGGAUGAUAGGAGGGGGGAGGAUGUUAGUUCGCGGAACCUGGUUGAGGAUGAGUCGCGUGUGCGUGGCUGCCGAGGUGGUUUUGCUCCAUGGGACAGUCUCGUAGCUGUUUGUGUGAUUCAACAUUCAACUCGUGCCAAAACAGCAACACAUAAAUCACGCUUUCCGUGCCGCCAAAAACGCAAUGCUCAACUUUCGUUUUUUUUUUUGUUACCGGCAACUGCAAACAGAUUCGCAUACAUAGUUCAGUAUGUAUAUAUACACACACAUAUAUUGGCAAACAUAGCAUAAACGGGCUCGGUCACAUCUUGGGUUACAUCCAGUGGAGUCAGUUGUGUGGACCUAAUUACGCAGGACGAGGAAUCAGUGCUUCAUUUCAGCCGAAACGCUGUCCCGAACGCUGCUCCGUGAAUUAUCUUGGAACCUCGCUACAUCCAUCAUCUCACCUUUAUUGUUUCCUCGUGCUCCUGCAGUAUUGAAUAUCCCGUUUUCAUAUGCUUAUAUGAAUAUAGGGUAUAAUGACAAUAACGCAAAUACAGUGAUGCAGGGUUUUUAUGCGAAGGCGCUGUAACCUUGUACUCUAGUGGUAGUCGUAGUGCCUUACUCCGAUACAUCUACAAACCAGAUAGCCAGCCAGCCUGCCUGUCGAGCAGCGUUCCGGAAAAACAAACAAAUAAACAAACAGGCUAUCGAGUGACAAAUUGAGCCUUGACGACAAUGAACCAACGACAACGUCAAGAACAUUCGAAGACAGUGGUGGGGUGUUGUGGGAAGCGUUUGGACCGAUGGAUUCUCUUUGUGACGGGCGCACAGAUGAUAGGGGCUGACCAUAUUCCUAAAAAGAGCGAUUGUUACGUUAUUAUUAUUAUUAUUUUGUGAUAUCCCUGACUUCGAAGUGGUCGAUGUGUUUUUUGUUUUUUAAAGAAGUUAGGCGUUGUGCUCGGACAAUGACAUUCCAGUUUAACCUUACCUCGGAAAGUGAGAGAAAUGUUCGUCGGGCUCUUAAAGUUGCUUUAAUUCUUUCUUUCGCCCUCCCGUCCCAAACAAAGCAGCGAUGCCGUCAUUCCAUAACCAACUGUAAGUUUCAUUUUCGCUUUUACCUUUUCACUCCCUUUGUCCACGUAAAAUAUAUUUACCGUAUCAUUAUAUCCUUUAUUGAAAGGAUGCAUUUUUUAUUUUAUAUAUAUAACAAUUAGAAAUUCCACUAUGUGUUUUGUUGGUGACACGCCAUCGUUUCAAAACGUGUUAUUCUAUACUUCCUGUUCAAAAUGUGAAUCAUUAUUUCGGUAGAAUAUGGUCGCCGUAUCAUAUAUAGUAUUGUAUACUAACCACUCAUGAUAACCACACUCAAUGAACGUGCUUGCACUCCUUACACGCGCAUUGUGCCCCGAACGGGAGCCUUAUGGAUGUGAUGAGAAAUGCAGUUCAGUUUUUUUAUCAACAAAUUAUUUACCACUUAAUAUUGGCACAAGAUUUUCCUUUUUUUGUUAUUGUUUUAAAUCUGGAUAACAACAUAUAUGCUGUUUAAAAAAAAAACACACACACACAACAACCCUUAAAACCUGGCUCAGAAUAUUAUUAUUUAGUAAAGCCUAUCGAUAGGCGGCUUUAUAAAGAGUUAGAGAUCCAAUUUGUCAAAAUCCGAUUCGCUGUGGUUAAUCGUUUUAGGUCCACGAGAAGGCGGUACUUUUUACGAAUAUGUAUCUAUGCGAAUAUAAAUAUAUUUAAAGAUGUUGAUGUAUGAUAACAGAAUUCACUUAACGUGUAUUAUUAAAAAGAAAAACGCAGUUUCAAUUCGCCCACGAUCGUAAAGAUGAUGAUGAUAAUAAUCGUGUUUGUGUUGUCUUCUUCGUAAAUGUGUAGGGGCUCUUCUACUGCAGUCGCAUUGUUAUCACAGCACUUUUGUUAUAUAUCUUAUUAAAAAAAAGCCUCAAAUUCCACUUUUGUACAAAUUCUAAUAAUAAAAAAACAUGUUUUCUCUACCCAGAUAUUAUCGCGUU